AUGGCUGAGGCCUGCGCUGCCCCAGGGAGCAUCUUCUAUAAGCAGUUCCUUUUCUCUCUCCUGGUUUUAGUAUUAUGGUGCGAUGCUUGUCAGAAAAUUUCUCUUCAGGUUCCUUAUCAUCUUCCAUCUGGCACACUUGUAGGCAAAGUGAAUCUGAAGAAGUGCCUCCCAUCAGUCAGCCUCAUCCAAUCCAGUGAUCCUGACUUCAGCAUUAAGGAAGAUGGCUCAAUCUUUACCACACAGGACAUCAGUUUAUCUUCUGAAAGGAAGAGUUUCUCUAUUUUUCUUUCAGACAGUCAAACACUAGAACCAAAAAUGAUGGAAGUUACACUGAUAAAAAGAAGAAAGGAGGUUAUGAAGAGGAGACACAGUAGAGCUGCAGAAAAAACGCUUAGGCGCAGCAAGAGACGAUGGGCUCCUAUACCGUGUUCACUGAUGGAGAACUCAUUAGGUCCAUUUCCACAACAUGUUCAGCAGGUUCAAUCUGAUGCUGCACAGAACUAUACAAUAUUUUAUUCCAUAAGUGGACCAGGAGUAGACAAAACACCAACAAAUUUGUUCUUCAUAGACAAAGACAGUGGGGAUAUCUUUUGUACAAGAAGUAUUGACCGCGAACAAUAUCAAGAGUUUCCAAUAUAUGCCUAUGCAACCACUGCAGAUGGCUAUGCUCCAGAAUACCCACUGCCUUUAGUAUUCAAGGUUGAAGAUGAUAAUGACAAUGCCCCAUAUUUCGAAACAAAACUGACUGUUUUCAGUAUCCCUGAAAAUUGCAGGUCUGGAACUUCAGUGGGAAAAGUGACUGCCAUUGACCUUGAUGAGCCUGACACUCUACAUACUCGUCUAAGAUACAAAAUCUUACAGCAAAUUCCAGAUCAUCCAAAGCAUUUCUCCAUACAUCCAGAUACAGGUGUCAUCACGACCACCACAUCUUUGCUGGAUAGAGAAAAAUGUGAUACUUACCAGUUAAUAAUGGAAGUACGAGACAUGGGAGGCCAACCAUUUGGUUUAUUUAAUACAGGAACAAUUACUAUUUCUCUAGAAGAUGAAAAUGACAAUUCACCAUAUUUUACAGAAACUUCUUAUGUUACAGAAGUGGAAGAAAACAGAAUUGACGUUGAGAUUUUACGAAUGAUGGUACAUGAUCAAGAUUUGGCAAACACUCCUCACUCAAAGGCAGUAUACAAGAUCCUGCAUGGAAAUGAAAAUGGAAACUUCAAAAUUAGCACAGACCCAAAUACAAAUGAAGCUGUCUUGUGUGUUGUCAAGGCAUUAAAUUUCGAAUCCAGUAAAGAAGUUGUUUUGCAAAUUGGUGUACUCAAUGAAGCACAGUUCUCUAAAUUAACCAACUCUCAAAGUCCUACUAUGUGUACUACUACCGUCACUGUCAAAGUUAAAGAUGCUGAUGAGGGUCCUGAGUGCCAACCUCCAGUCAGAGUUCUUCAGAGUAGAGAUGGUCUCCCCGCUGGCCAAUCUCUUCAGGGAUACAAAGCAUUGGAUCCAGAAACUCGCAGUGGCAAAGGCUUAAAGUAUAAGAAAGUAGUUGAUGAAGGUAAUUGGUUUGAAAUUGACGAAGACACUGGUGAUUUGAAAACUAUAAAGAUACUCGAUAGAGAAUCAAAAUUUGUAAAGAAUGACCAAUAUAAUAUUUCUGUGAUGGCAAUGGAUGCAGAUGGCAGAUCUUGCACUGGAACAUUAGUAGUUCGAUUAGAAGACUUUAAUGAUCACCCUCCUCAGAUUGCAAAAGAAGUGACACUUUGUCAGAAUGAUGUAGAUUUUGCUGUUCUUAAACCAGAAGAUCCAGAUGGACCUGAUAAUGGCCCACCUUUUCAAUUCUUUCUGGAUAAUUCUGCCAGUAGGCUUUGGACCCUAGAGCCAAGGAGUGACGGCAAAACUGCCAUUAUUCGUUUACGGCAAAAUCUUGAAAGUAAUUAUUAUAAUGUGCCUAUGCAAAUAAAAGAUAGACAUGGUGUUUCUGCAAGACAAAUGUUAUCAGUUAAAGUAUGUGACUGCUCAACUCCAAGCGACUGUAAAAUGAAUGCAAAACAGAGAGAUGUCAAUGUCAAGCCAAACGUAAUCCUUGGAAAAUGGGCUAUUCUUGCUAUGGUUCUGGGUUCUGCUUUGUUAUUAUGUAUUAUGUUUACAUGCUUCUGUGUUACUGUUCAACGAAAAGUAAAGAAAUGUUUUCCAGAAGAUGUAGCUCAGCAAAAUUUAAUUGUAUCAAAUACUGAAGGACCUGGAGAAGAAGUUACGGAAGCAAAUAUUAGACUCCCCACACAGGCAUCCAACAUUUGUGACACAAGCAUGUCUGUUGGCACUCUUGGUGGCCAGGGAAUCAAGACUCAGCAAAGCUUUGAGAUGCUCAAAGGUGGCUACACAUUGGAAUCCAACAAAGGCGGUGGACACCAGACCUUGGAAUCGGUUAAGGGAGUAGGACAGGGAGGAAUGGAUGUUGGCAGAUACACAUACACUGAUUGGCACAGCUUCACUCAACCUCGGCUUGGUGAAGAAUCCAUUAGAGGACACACUCUGAUUAAAAAUUAA